AGAGAAAAACACAGCCAGAAAAAAGCAAGGAUGGAGGAUGUGAGAGAGUGGAGGAAGGGGAGGAGGGGAGCAGCAUGAACAAGUGAGUGAGCGAUCAAGGGAAAGAGAGCAAGAGAGUGAGGGAAAGAGAGCGAGCUCUCUGAAUUGUGAGUGGCUUACGACACUCAGUGAACAGAAGGUGCUUCUGCAUGCGCUGUCAGUGUACUGGUCUGCUGCAAGGGAUUGUGCGCUCCUUUGCUUCCCACAUUUACUGCCCCUGCCUGCCUACCAGCACCAGCCUUCAGCAGCCUCUUCCAGCUGGCUGUGAAAACACUCGGAGAGCAAGCAAGGGAGUGAACGAAACCUGCGAACCACAGGAGACAGGAGCCACCUCUAAAUCGAAAUGAACCACAGCGAUGAUAAGGAAUACUGUUAUACAAGAAAACAGUGAACAAGGUUCACCUCUUUAUAUCCAGUUUUUUCCCUCUUUUUGUUUUUUCUUUUUGCUUCCGUCACCGAAAGCACGAUUAACAGCUUGCGUGGAUUUAAACCUUACAAGUCAGUGAUCGCUUCCUGAAAUGGACGAUUUUAAAUUUUGGCAGAUUUGCUGAAACUUAAGCAGGAAGAAGAGGAGAAGAAGAGCAGGACAGAGAUUUAAACAGAUUCUUCAGCAGUCUUUUUUUCCUCUGGUUGUUUCUUCUUCCCUCUGAUCAUUGCAGCAGAGGACUGCGGAGGAGCAAAAGAGACAGAGCUCAUGCAUGCAGACAGAGGAACUUGCACUUCCUACCAUCUCGCUGAAAGCUACUUGGAUUCCUCCUCUUUCUGGCUCUUUCACUUGAAGAGAACUAAGACAUUGUAAGCCUGCCAAGGAUCUGGUGUCCACUGAAAAGAGAGAAAGGCGGGGGGGAGAAUUUGUACCACAGUGGGGUCUUUUUUAGAUUGGUACAUAAUUAGUGUUGGGGCACAAAGCAAGAUGCUGAAUAGAGAUUGUCAGCUUUUGGAUAGGGGUGAGUAGGAAUCUUUUCAAAUAAGAUUGAUUGAUGUGGACAAUUUUAUUUUCAAUCCCCUCUAUUCCCCACCCACUGCCUCUUCUCACACAAGCCAAGAGAAUUGUUUUUCAUUCUUUGUAUUUUUGACAAGGAUUCCCUUAGUAAACUGAAUUUAAGAAAUAUAAUAUUACUGUCUACAACUAAAAUACAAGGGAGGAACAAAACAUCAUUUAAUCAGUUAAACAUGAUGUGAUACAUAUGAUCUGAAAGGUGCAAAAACAAUAUCCAGAGUGGUUCAAUGGACAUUUUCUCCCUGACAUUCCUGGAUAUUUAUGCUAAUGGAUUUCCUCCUAAUUGGACUGUACUUAAAGUGGCCACUGAAGAAGCCCCCUGGGUUGAUACUGUGCACUUUGGGUAUUUUCCUGAAAACUGUUCCCUUGGUGGAAGGGGUUUGUCCAAGGCUGUGCCGCUGCGACAGCAAGCUGCUGUACUGCGAAGGGCUCAACCUCACAGACAUUCCCCGUAAUCUAAGCAGCGCGAUGGGCCUGUCCAUGAGAGAGAACAACUUAACUGAGCUGCGUGAAGGCCAACUGGCAGGCCUGUCACAGCUAACCUGGCUCUACCUAGGUCACAACAACAUUGACAUUGUAGAGGAGGGUGCAUUUGAAAGGCUAAGACGGGUCAAGGAGUUAGACCUGAGUAGCAACCGCAUUGAGAGUCUGCCAAAUGGUACCUUUAGGCCCCUCCCAAACCUGCGUAUCCUGGACCUGUCAUAUAACAGGCUGCAGGCACUGGAGCCAGACCUGUUCCAUGGCCUUAGAAAGCUCACCAAUUUGCAUUUGCGCUACAAUGCUCUCAAAUUUGUGCCAGUGCGGAUUUUUCAAGACUGCAGGAGCAUGCAGUUUCUGGACUUGGGAUACAACCAACUACAGAGCCUGGCACGAAACUCCUUUGCUGGCCUCUUCAAGUUGACUGAGUUGCAUCUUGAGCACAAUGAGCUGGUCAAAGUAAACCUAGCCCACUUCCCUCGCCUCAUCUCUUUACGUACUUUGUACAUGCACAACAAUCGUGCCACAAUUGUUGUCAAUACCUUGGAGUGGACAUGGCAUUUUUUAGAGAAGAUUGACCUGUCAGCCAAUGAAAUUGAGUAUAUUGAGUCACACGUUUUUGAGAGCUCCCCCAACCUCAAGGUGUUGAUGCUAGACUCCAAUCGUUUGACCUCUUUGGAUCAGCGUACCCUGGAUUCGUGGUCAUCUCUGGACAGCAUAACCCUGGCAGGGAAUGACUGGGAGUGCAGUCGCAACGUGUGUGCCUUGGCCUCUUGGCUGAGUGCCUUCCAUGGCCAGCGUGACAGUUCCUUGCUGUGUUCAAGCCCUGACAUGGCACAGGGUGAGGAUGUGUUGGAUGCUGUCUAUGCUUUUCAGCUAUGUGAGGAUUCCCCAAUAGAGGUGACCACAGCAGGCAUGUAUGCCUCUACAAGGGAUCUGGCCCAGGGUGGCUCUGUGUUCCUGGGCCCAUUCACUCCAAACCCUUAUGAUGGCGAGGGUAGUGAGGUGGUCACUAGUUCUUUCACUGUCACAGUGGGCAUUGAUGACCCAGAGAGCACCAUGCAGAUUCACAAGGUGGUGACUGGCACCAUGGCGCUCAUCUUCUCCUUUCUCAUCAUAGUGCUCAUGCUGUAUGUGGCAUGGAAGUGCUUUCCAGCUGGAAUAAGGCAACUAAGGCAGUGCUUCAGUAGUCAGCGCCGCAAACAGAAGCAAAAGCAAAGCAUGCAGCAGAUGGCUACGAUCUCUACACCGGAAUACUAUGUUGACUAUAAACCUAACCACAUUGAAGGAGCUUUGGUGAUCAUCAAUGAAUAUGGCUCCUGCACUUGCCAACAGCAACCUUCUCGGGAAUGUGAGGUGUGACCAUGAUUUUUAAGUAAAUCUCUCCAUUUGAUAAAGUGGAAAUACAGCAAAUCCCUCUUGGAUACACUGGGGAGGGGGGAAUUGUGGGACAAAGAGAAUAAUUGAAUAUUUUGGACACUUUUUACACAGCGUCUCACUGUGAUUUGGAGGGAGUGUGCUUAAUGUGGCUGACUAUGUUGUGGUGGAUUUACUGCUACUGAUAUCCACAGCUGAUCUGAAAUUACAAGGCAUAAAGGACACUUGACUAUUGGACCUGUUGAUGCUCUAAAGAAACACAACGAGGAAUACAUUCUGGGCACGUAGGCUUUUCUCUCAUGGAUGGAUAUUUGAGCUUUAAUGUGUCUUUCUACUUCAGGACAUUUAAAAAUUGCUUAAAAUAAACUGAAGAUGUAUGAAAAAAAAGAAAGAGUAAAAACAAAACAUUUGUAUUAUGGUACAUACAAUAUUUGACAAGCAUUUAAAAUAUUAAAAACAUGUUUAAGUUUAAUUAAAGUGUAAAAAAUUUAAUUCAUUGUAAAAUAUGUUAA